GUUUUCUGUUUUCUCUCUGUAAGUCGAUGCUUGUUUAUCAGAUACAACAGUCAACGUCAUCGUGACCGCUGUUUGUACGCAUGUUUUUGCAUACGUUGUCAUCUCUUCAUUCGACAACUCUUUCCGAAAUGCGUAGUCUAUCUAUUCUUGAUUCCUAAUCAAAUACAGGCUUUAUCCUGUGCUUCGUGCCAUUCUUAUCCAAUUGGCCGAUUGAAGGCACCUCCACUACACCGACCCCCAAGAGGACCCAAAUACCGUCAUGGCCGCCCUGGCGUCGGUCUUCGGUAGCUUUUCACUCAUUUUUGGGGGGUGCUGUGCGAACGUUUACUGCCUAGAAGCUAUUGUAAAACAAGAGCCAGACAGUGGACUCCUCAUUACGCUCUUCCAGUUUGUUUUCACCUGUAUCACGACAUUGCAUUACCAGUUUGACCCUAAUGGUCGUUACUUCAUCAAGUCUUCGCCUGUACCAUUUCGAAAAUGGUGUAUAAGCGCGACAUUGUUCUUUGCAAUCAACAUGUUGAACAAUUGGGCAUUUGCUUUCAAUAUCUCUGUGCCAGUCCACAUCAUCCUUAGGAGCUUUGGUAGUGUGACUACGAUGGCAGCGGGCUGGUUUCGUGGUAAGAGGUACACGCCUCUGCAAGUAUUCUCGGUAGCAAUCUUGACACUGGGAGUCAUGGUGUCGGCGUUUGCGGAUGCUAGGUCCAAAGGCAAAACAAUGGACACCUCAAACAUCGACAUUACCAGUGCAUCCUUUGAGAUGGGCCUUGGAAUUCUCCUUAUCGCCCAACUCCUUUCCGCAUACAUGGGUGCGUACGUGGAAGAUAUAUACCGCGAUCACGGUAAAGACUGGAAGGCGAACUUGUUCUACUCGCACCUGCUCUCUAUCCCUCUCUUCGCCGGCUUCGCACCAGUCCUCUCCCAGCAAUUUGCGCGCCUUCAGGCUUCGCAAUCGUUCCAAAUUCCACCCAGCAUCGCGGCAACCCUCCCACCGACGCUCAACAAGGCUCUUGCUUCAACAUCGCAGCAUGUCAUCUACCUCACUGCCAAUGCUGUCACGCAGCUACUUUGCAUCACCGGUGUGAAUAUUCUUAGCGCCAACACAUCGGCAGUCACAGUCACGAUAGUGCUGAACAUCAGGAAACUGGUAAGCUUCUUGCUGAGUAUCUGGCUCUUUGGAAAUCAGAUGAGUGGGCUUAUGAUGGUGGGUGCGGCGAUGGUGUUCGGUGCAGGCGCGUUGUACGGAUGGGAGACUACGUAUAGGAUCCCACAGAAGAAGAAAAUGGAGGCACAAAAGGGGAAAAAGAGCAGCCUGAAAUUGCUGCUCACCAUGGCUUCUCCCACGGGCAUACGUCAGCGCGCGCCCAAGGACAAGAUGCGCCCUACGACGCCGAACACAGAGGUUAUUUCCGAAAAGGCUGCGAAUGUCAUCGAGAAGAUCAAGCCUUACAAGCCUGCCCAAACUGGGUCCGAGUGGGACUACAGGAUCGCGAUGACGAUCCUCACGGCCCUCGGUUUUGUGACGCGUUUCUGGGGUAUCAGCCACCCCGACCAGGUCGUCUUCGAUGAAGUACACUUUGGCAAGUUCGCGUCGUACUACCUGCAGCGAACAUACUUUUUCGACGUCCAUCCUCCCUUUGGAAAGCUCCUAUUCGCCUUUGCCGGCUGGCUAGUUGGAUACAAUGGCGAAUUCCUCUUCGACAAUAUUGGCGAUUCGUACAUUACCAACAAGGUCCCUUACGUCGCCUACCGCGCAAUGCCCGCCUCAUUGGGUGCUCUUACCAUCCCCAUCGUCUUCUUGAUCAUGUGGGAGUCGGGAUACUCGCUGCCAGCCUGCAUCACCGCCGCUGGUCUGCUGCUCCUUGAUAACGCCCACAUCGGUCAGACGCGCCUGAUCUUGCUUGACGCCUCGCUCAUCUUCUUCAUGGCCCUAUCGGUAUUGGCAUACAUUCGUUUCUACAAGCUGCGACACGAGCCUUUUGGCCGCAAAUGGUGGAAGUGGCUUCUCAUGACAGGCAUUGCCCUGAGCUGCGUCAUUUCCAUCAAGUAUGUUGGUGUCUUCACCUUCUUCUCCAUCGGUGUCCCCGUCUUGAUUGACUUGUGGGAUCUUAUGGACGUCAAGCGUCGUCAGGGUGCACUAUCUCUGCCGGAGUUUGGCAAGCACUUUGCUGCUCGCGCUUUUGGUCUCGUCAUUGUUCCGUUCUUUUUGUACCUUUUCUGGUUCCAGGUUCACUUUGCCAUCCUCUCAAAAUCUGGACCUGGCGACGAUUUCAUGACUCCUGAAUUCCAAGAAACUCUGAGCGACAACAUUAUGAAUCUCCAGUCUGUCAACAUCAACUACUACGAUUCCAUCACGCUUCGUCAUAAGGAGACGAAAGUGUACCUCCACAGCCACGUUGACCGCUACCCGCUGCGAUACGAUGACGGCCGUGUCUCUUCUCAGGGCCAGCAGGUCACUGGCUACCCACACAACGAUACCAACAACCAUUGGCAAAUUCUUCCCGUGAAGCCGCUUGAGAGUGAGACUGGCCAGCACGUCAAGGUUGGUGAUGUCGUUCGUCUGCGUCACUUGGUCACCGAUACGGUCCUCCUUACACACGACGUUGCAUCUCCAUACUACCCUACCAACCAAGAGUUUACGACCGUUGUUAAGGAGGAGGCCGCCGGCACCCGCUUCAACGACACUCUUUUCGAGCUCAAGGUUGAGAAGGGCAAAGGAAACUUCAAGACGAUGUCUACCCACUUCAGGCUGGUUCACGUACCCACCAAGGUCGCUAUGUGGACUCAUACCUCGCCUCUCCCCGACUGGGCCUACAAGCAGGCUGAAAUCAACGGCAACAAGAAUAUUGGGCAGAGCAGCAACGUCUGGUAUGUUGACGAUAUUCCAUCGCUGCCUGCCGACGACGAGCGCAACAAGAAGGAGGUUAAGCAGGUCAAGCACCUUGGCUUCCUCCGGAAAUGGGUUGAGCUCCAGCGCGCCAUGUUCUACCACAACAACGCUCUGACCAGCUCGCAUCCGUACGCUUCGCAGCCCAUCUCAUGGCCGUUCCUUCUCCGCGGUGUGUCUUUCUGGACGCACAACGACACGCGCGAACAAAUCUACUUCCUCGGGAACCCGAUUGGGUGGUGGCUUGCCUCCUCGCUGCUUGCGGUGUUCGUUGGUAUUAUUGGUGCUGAUCAACUUGCUCUGCGCCGUGGCAUGGAUGCUCUCGACGAGCGCACACGCUCCCGUCUCUACAACUCCACCGGCUUCUUCUUCCUUACCUGGGCCGCUCACUACAUCCCCUUCUACAUCAUGGGUCGCCAGCUCUUCCUCCACCACUACCUUCCCGCGCACCUUGCAUCCUGCCUCGUCACGGGCGCUCUGGUCGAGUUCAUCUUCUGCAUCGAGCCUCUGGACCCGGAAACUGCCGUCGUCAAGGGUCACCGCAGGACUGCCUCGCGCCCUGUCCGCGAGCGCGUUGCCACGACCAGCCAGCUCGGCAGCUGGAUCGCGACGGGCGUUAUUCUCUCAAUAUCUCUUUGGUGCUUCGUCUUCUUCGCGCCGCUCACAUACGGCUCUCCCGGUCUUGAUGUUGCGCAGGUGCAGUCGAGGAAGUGGCUUGGGUAUGAUUUGCAUUUUGCGAAAUAGACGGCGUCUGGUCUCGUACUGGACGGCUAUAAAAUCGGGGAGUAAGGCUCGGUCGGGUCGGGUUUAGUAUAGAAGGGCGUUCUUCUUACUUCGGAGGAUCUCUUUCGCUUGUAUUGUACGAGGGGAACAGGUGCGCUGCUUCGUGUAGUUGCUUGCCGUUAUCUCUUGUUUGUUUUGCUGGUGCUGCACGGGAAAACGGUCACGGCCGUGAAAGUUCAACUGUUCUUCUUUUUUGUAUGUAGGGUAGGUGGGCUAGGUGUAGGUGGUAUACAAUGUAUGAUUGCAAUCAUGUAUAU